CAGCUGCUGUCAGGUGGAAUAUAAGGGAAGAAACUCGCAUGCCGACGUGUGGCAUUUAAGUAAUCCGUGCUGUUCCUCCUCUGUGAAAAGGGGGACCUCUGUUUAUCUCCAUUAUGUUUCCUUCCUGUUUUUCUGUGCGUGGGAGGAGGGAUACCUUUUUUUGUUUCCAGUAACAGCUGAUAACAGACUUUUAUUUUAACCUGUGGAUCCUCUAUUGAUUCUUGGCAUCUAGUUUGCGGCAGGGUUUCCGGUCACAGGAACUCCUUCCAAACAGCCGAAGCCGCUGUAAUUGAUUUUACUUGGUUGAUGGUUUGGUUUGACGAAGUUUCCGUUGGAGCCACCACUUGUGAUUGGCAGAUGAGCACACCAACUGUUAGACCGUCGCUUUUAGCUAAAUAUUUUAACUGUUUAUCCAUUUUUUUUCAGCCUUUUCAACAGUUUUUCUGUAACCUUUUACGAUUUUUACUUUCAGUCUCAACCACUUGUCUGCAAAUUUUAGGAAUGACUUUUAUUUCAAAACUUAAUUUACUACUAGUUUGAGAAUUUAUACUAAUGAUUUUGACCAUUUGUUGCGUACUUGGAGCUAAAUAUUUCAACUGGCUAUCCUUUUUUAUUUUUAGCCAGUUGAUGAUUUCCAAAUGCUUGGUUAGAAGAUCCCUGGUUCACGUCCUGGCCUUCCCGGGAUCUUUCUGCUUGGAGUUUGCAUGUUCUCUGGGUUUUCUCCAGGUUCCCCAGCUUCCUCCCACAGUCCUAAAACAUGCUGAGGCUAAUUGGUGAUUGUUAAUGGUCCGUAGGUGUGAAUGCGAGUGUGAUUGUCUCUAUGUGCAGCCCUGUGAUAAACUGGUGACCCGUCCAGGUGUUCAGCUGAGAUAGACUCCAGCCUAACCGUGACUCUAAUGAGGAUGAAGCCGUGUAUGAAUAACGGAUGGAUGAAGGUUUCUGUGUCUUCAUGCUGGGUCAUGAGGGAUUCAGUUUUCAGGUUUUCUGUUCCUAUGACCACACCUUCAGUGAAUUUCUUCAAAUUUGGCUCAAACGUUCCUUUGGACUUGUACUUAAAGAUUUUGGUGUCCAUAAGUCAAGAUGUUCCACGUGGUGAAUGUGAGAAAUCAGGAACAUCUGGAAGCAAUUUCAUUACAUCUGGUGUGAAUAUCCAAAUGGACUUGAGAAUGAGCUGGAUAGAAUUUGGAGGAUGAGGGUCAACUUAACUUUUCUGUCCGUUCAAUGCUGCAAUUCAGAAAUAAAUGGAGCUAAGCAUUAUUUUCACUGUUGAAUCAUCUGUAGAUUGUUUUUCUUGAAUUUUGGUCGGUUAGGUCUAUAAAAUGUACGAAAAUUGUGGAAAAUGUCCUUCUGUGUUCUCGUGUUUUGUUCUAUCCCCGACCCUGAAGAAAAUUUAAUGUAAAAACCUGGAAUCUGUUCUUAAAAAGUUAGCCAAAUCAAUGAAUCAAUUGUUUUAUCUUAUUUCAAUCAGUUUUUUUUGUAUUGGCCAAAAUCAAUUCCAUUGUAUUUGUACCGCCAAAGUCCAAACCUGGUAAUAUUAUUGAAAAAACCCCAGUGUGUCCAAUGAUUGUCUUUUUUUACCAAAAAGAAAGUUCUGGCAGAUCCAGGCUCAGGGAGGACGGCCGUCUGCCUCGACCAAUCAGGUAGGUGAGGACAUAAUUCAAUCUCGAAUUCUCUGAUUUGUUUGGAACAUUUCUCAAUCGUAACCCAUGGAUAUUAAAAAUGGCAUUGCAGACAUUUUAGCUUGACAUCAAAUGCUUUCUGAGUUAACUCAAUUUCAGUGUUUUUUCAUUCACUAAAUUUUGAGGCAAUGUUUGGAUACCAAUGUGGCGUAUCGUCUGCCUUGUUACUGUAAUUCCUAGUGAGGACACAAUCGAUAAUUACCACAAAGUGAAAACAUGAAGUAGAUAAUAUGUCACCCCUCCCUUCUCUCCUGCCACUGAGAAGAACUUUUCUGACACAUUUCCAGCAAACUUCUUGUAAUUUAACACUUGUAACUGUGUCAACCAAAAGUAGGGCAGUGUGUUAUAACGUUAACAAAACAGAACAAACUGAAGCUCACUGACACAAAUAUGUCCUCCUAAACCUGCGAUUGCAUAACUGAAGAAUGUAUUAAUACAUUUGAAAGUAAGAAAACCACCGAUAGCCAUGGGAAAAAAAGUAAUUAGACCAGUUUCUUUGUUCAUGUUGAUGCCUGGUACCACUAAAGGUUUAUUACCUGAAGAAUACAAUGAACACGACAAUAAAUGCAGCUGAUUUCAUAAUACUUUGUCCUAUUUGGCAUGCUUCAGCUUCAUUGUAUUCCCAGGGUAUAUAAGAGGACAUUUCAUGUCAUCAGCAGCACUGCACAUGCAAAGGUCUAGAGUGGUUUCCUGCUACAUUCAAGCCAUAGCACAAAUCAGAAGUUGUCAGCUCUCACAUAAUGCCUAAAACUAAAGAAUGAUGUGAAGCCACAAAGGCAGCCAUCUUGGCACUGCUGGAAAUUGGUAUGAGUGAGAGUAGUAAUAGCAGGCUUCUGUCAAUCAGAGUUGAUCCGGGGUGUACAUCCUGGUUGUCCUGUCUGUUCGGGGUUGUUGCUAAAGAGACCGAUGCUGGAAUGUCAAUCUCUGUCGCAAAAGUCGCAUUUGUAUGUGGUCUCUGGUCUGUUAGGGUUGUUGCACUCCUUUCUGUGGGCUUCUGCGUUAGUCAGCUUCACUUCCCUUGAGUUGAAGUGUUGAUUCAGGGUGCUUCUCCACCUCAUACGGUCGGCUGCGAGGACCUCCCAGGACUCGGUGUUGAUGUCGAAGGCCUUCAUGUCUCUCUUGCAGACAUCCUUGUAACACCACUGUGGACGACCUUUGGGUCUCCACCCAGGUACCAACUCUCCAUAGAGGAUGUCUUUUGGAAUGCGGUCAUCUAAGAUCUCCAAAACAGCCGUUCAUUAUGCCAAGAAAAACCAACCUAACAUGGUUCUACCAAACUGCUAGCUGGUUUUGUCAGGAAACGUCUUUCUACCCACCAGAUGACCGUCACUCAUCCGUUCUUGUGUCAUGAGUCAUCAUCAGACCUCCAGGAACCUUAAAAAUGAGUGGGCGCUGUGAAGAAAUGCAGCCUGUUGGACAAGGACAGUUGGAAACCGACUGGUCUGAAGUCACACUGGGCAGGAAGAAGUCCUUCAUCAAGGAAAGGCCAAGGAAAGGCCAAUUACUCUCUGUUGGGGAUCACAAGGAUUGGACUGUUGAUGAUUGGGCUAAGGUUCUCUUCGUGGAUGAAUCCAAUCUUCAGUUGAUAAUACUACUAAUACUUACUAUUUACAUUAUUGUUGUUGUUAUUGUUUUCUCAACAUUUAACUUGUCAUAUUAUCAUCAUCAACACACAAUGACAAUGAAAGUGCCGGCCAUGUUGAAGAUAAUGUGACUUUAAUGGAGUAGAUUUUAUUUGUUUGUGACAGGAAGGCUCCGACCAUCUCCAUCAGAUAAACCUGAUCCUGAUUCCAGGUCACAUCUUUGUUUCUGUUCGUCAGGAAGUACAGCGUCACACGUUGGGUUCAGGUUUGCUAAGCUGUAAACAGGCGGAUAAUACCAGAGGCUGGAACAUCGGUAAGGUGAUCCGUCACUGUUUUGUAAUGAAACUGAUGUGGAAAUUGUGAUAAAAUGUGCUUUUGUUCCGAGAGAAAAACAACAAAAAAGGAUGGAGACAGUACUCUUAUGUCACGGUUCAUGGAAUUUGAAAGGAGGAAGUGUGUGUGUGUUAAAGGUGGAGCCGUUGCCAGCAGCAUCAGUCCAGCUCUGAGUCCACAAACAGCAUCAUGAGUCGCCUGCUGCUCGGAGUCGUGCUGCUGGGAAACCUGAGCGUCAGCGUCACGGCACAAGUGACGCUCGCUCCGCCUGCCCAGGUGAAGUUCAACUCAACGGACUACAGAAACAUCCUUCACUGGACUCCAGCUCCAAGCAGCUCAUCGCUGCAGUACGACGUCCAGUGGAAGAUUUACGGCGAGGCCGACUGGCUGGACGUGGACGGCUGUCAGGGCGUCCAGAAGCUCCACUGUGACCUCAGCACUGUGACCUCCGAGCCCAGAGAGUGGUACUACGCCCGGGUACGAGCCUCCUCUGUGGCCUCCAGCAGCAAAUCAGCCUGGACUCUGUCUCCUAGAUUCAGCCCCCGAUGGGACACUAAAAUCAGCCCUCCUGUUCUGAAGCUGAACCUCACGGAGCAUGGCAUCGUGGUCCGAGUGAAGCCGCCGCGAGCGCUGGUCCGGAAGCUGCACAGCAACCUGCACUACAAGAUCUACGUAACAAACACCAGUGGAAAGGAGGAAGUUUUUCAGAUGAACUGCUGCUCCAACAAGCUGACUCUGAAACACCUCGACCACAACUCCGAAUACUGCCUCCAGGCCCAGACCGUCGUCCCCCUGCAGGCCAAGAGCAGCGUCAGAAGCUCGGAGAAGUGCGUCACUACGCUCUGAUCGCUCAGAAACACUGAAUGAGUGGAUUCAUCCGUCGCUACCUCGAGCUGCAGCCUCAAAUGCAAAUUAGUACUACAUCUGUGCAGGUGUUUUACUCAAGAUGAGCAUUUUGCUCAUAGAAUAAAAUGAUCCAAACUCAAGAGCCACUAACCCAGAGGUGUCAGAUCAUUUUAGUUCAGGGGCCACAUUCAGCUUAGUUUGAUCUCAAGCAACAAAAAAUGGACAAACGAAACAAAAAAUGACAAAAGCAAGAAACAAAAUUACAUAAAAUGAGACAAAACAUCAAACAAAACAAAGAAAGAGACAAAAAAUUUAACAAAAAAGUUACAAAGCAAAAAAAAAGGACAGUUGACACAAACUAGACAAAAAAUGGCAAAAGCAAGAAACAAAAUGACAAAAAAUGAGACAAACGAUGCAAAAACCAAACCAAAAAAGAGACAAAAAUUAGACAAAAAAAGUUACAAAGUGACGAAAAAUGGGCAAACAACACAAACGAGACAAAAAAUGACAAAAGCUAAACUAAAUGACAAAAAUGACACACAAAACAAUGAAUAAAGCAAAACACACAGGUAUCUGGAACUGAACUAUGUAGUAUUUUACUUUUAAAAAGACAAAAAACAACAAAAAAAUAGCCAAAAUCUUGCAAAAAUGAGACACAAAAUGACAAAUGAACAAUGAACAAUCUAGUGUUUGACUUUAUGAUCAAAACAACUUGUCAUGAUUAUUGUAAUUAUUUUACAUUUAUAGUUUUACAAAUUUACAAUCUAAACUUAAUGUCUUCUCUGUAAUUUUUACACUUUGAGGGCCGGGUUGGACCCUCUGGACGGUCAGUUUUGGACCGCGGGCCUCUUGUUGGACACCCCUGCUCUAACCUGAUGCAUCCUGGGAGUUGUAGUCAAAAGCUCGACUUAGUUUAGCCUGAGUUUGGAUUAUUUUUUCAUCUUUAUGUCAUUUUUAUUUUGCUUUGUUUUUAUGUUUUCAUGCAGCACAGCACAUUCCUCCAAUGAAGUGUAAUUUUUAAGUGUUUCUUGCCAUAUUUUUAUUAAAAAAUGUUUACAUUAACAGCUACAAGAUGUCAGUCACGGGUGCCAAUUUACCAACAAUAAUAAACAUUUUCCUUUUUAUCAUAUGUAGGGUAGCCAUCUUUAAAAUAGUGAUAGAACCAGCUAACGUAGAGCUACGUUCUUUCUUCUUAAAAAGUGAAAAACUGCCAGAAUUCUGAGAUGUAUUGAGCCAGAUGUGUGUUAUAUUUUGUGCCACGUUACAAAUAAAAGCAUCAUUUUGUGUCUUUAUAUGAUAA